GGGUGGGUAUUGGAGGAUGAUUGCAAAGGAGUCAAUCACAAUGCGCCGUGGCUCUGAAAAAGGUUCGCCUGCUAAGUGGUGCUUCAGAAUUGCUUUCGUAAGUCGUCAUUUGGUGAAACCAUGGCUGCCAAAACGCAAUUGUGUCCGUGCCAAAUUUCCAGCCAAUCAUUGCAAGCCCCAGAUGAAGAUGUUUAUCAGUCCACAUCCGCCAGUUCAUGCAGUUAGUUUUCGUUUUUCAGCAACGUGAGUUUACUGUAAAGAGAAGAGGCAGCGGUUUCGCAUUACGAUCGGCAGCCUCCUGAAGGGCUAUAAAAUGCUUCCAACUUGGCCCAGGCGCCCGCCCAUGACACGUCAACAUUUGUCCACGCUGGGAGGGAUGAAGGAGCAGCAAGAGGAGUACGAUGCAGCCUGCCAUCCCCAUAGUUCUAUCCUGCUGCCUGCACACAAGUCCUGGAUGUCCGCACCGCCACCCAAAUGCUGCUCGGCCGAAUGCUGCACUCAGCAUCUGCACCAACCUGGGACGUCUCCACCCGGCCUGGUGGCAGCCUUCGGUGACACACAGAAUAACUGCAGCAGGUUGCCAACGUCGACAUUCAUGCUCUCCGCGGGCAGUAGCAGCAUUACUGAACGGCCCGUUUUGGCGAGCCCAGUCGAUGGUCCAGCCACGCAGCUUUGCUCCGUCUGUGGGGACUUUUCCUCCGGUUACCACUACGGUGUGUGGACGUGCGAAGGCUGCAAGGCCUUCUUCAAGCGUAGCGUACAAGGAAAAAAUAAUUUUGUGUGCCCGGCGACAAACCACUGCACGAUAGACAAGACCCGAAGGCGACGCUGCCAGGCAUGCCGAUUGAGAAAGUGCUACGAGGCUGGGAUGAUCCGUGACGAUCGCAAAGGUCACUGGAGGAGCCACAGAGGGAGAGUGAACAACGAUUGCUCAUUGCUAAGGUACAGAGGCUUCAAAAGUGAUGCUCGGAGGGGUGGCAUCAGGUCGUUUGGAGGAGCCGUGCCUCAUGCACACGUGGAGGGCAUGGGCAUCAUCCACAUCCUCCUGGAGGCCGAGCCCCCGAAGUUGCUGUGUAUGCGAUCCCCGGGCGAGCCACUGACCGAGGCCUCCAUGAUGACCUUGUUCACUGACUUGGCCACCAAGGAGAUGGUGCACAUAGUCUCCUGGGCCAAGAAGAUUCCUGGAUUCAUGGAGCUGGACCUGCCAGUUAAGAUACAGCUCCUGGAGAACUCCUGGGUCGAAGUACUCAUCACCGGACUAAUUUGGAGAUCCAUGGAACAACAGGACACUCUGGUCUUUGCUUCAGACCUUGUGUUUACAAGGGCUGACGGCAGCCGUAUGGAAGGCACCAUGGAAAUCUUCGACCAGGUGCUGGCUAUCGUGACCCAUUUCCGCGAGCUGUGCUUGCGGAUGGAGGAGUACGCCUGUCUCAAGGCUAUGGUCCUCCUCAAUGUUGGUCUGUGCUCAGACUGGAUGUUGACCGAGCAGCCAGAUGCAAUCAAGGCGGUCUGCAAGAUAAUGGACACUGUCAGCAAUGCGCUGGUCAGUUUCUUGGAGCACAGCUGUCUGUCGGAGGGGCAGCAGUUCCACCGGUUAACGCGGCUGCUCAUGCUUCUCUCCCACAUCCACCAGAUCAGCUACAUAGCCUCUAACAAGGGGAUCCAACAUCUGACCAUCAUGAAGAUGAAACACAUGAUCCCACUACGCACGCUGCUCACCGAUAUGCUGGAGGAAGCCCAGGUCAAGUGAGCUAAAGUGGGCACCGCUUAGAUAUCUGGCGCAGGUGCAACCUUCACGUGUACGGCAAACCUUGGGUACUCCUCACAAAGACGGCCACACCAAACAAAUGCACGGAGCGUACGGCAGCGAUAAGGUUAUGUAGUAUCGUACGGUAUUGUGCAGGUUGACGUAUGCAGAGUUAUCCACGGAAUAUUGCGUAAUUUAGUAGCAUCGUUUCUGUAUUGUCCGAGGCUGUACGGUGUCAUUUUCAUGGAAAAAGAGGUGCGUGGCACAGUAAAAUGAGCCUGGUUGUGGACGGUCGUAUUAUUUGCAAGUAAGAUUUUCAUUGCCUAAUUUGUGCAGCAUUCUAAGUGUUGUCACAGUGGUGUAGUGCAGUACUGUCUCCAAUACUCUCAUGUAACAGCAGUGAGAUGCAUUAUGUCAUGUUAUCGGCAACCGAGUGCUCUCCAGAACUAAGGCAGGCGACUUACACUACAAAGUACAAAAAUCGCUCUGCCUAAUGUCCUGGGUUAGUGUACAUGUAGUGUUCGAUUUCACUCGGACAACUUCUGUCUUUCUCCGAACACCGCUUUAUUUACAUCUCUCAGCAUGUCCUCCACAUUCCACAGUAUCCAGGUCGCCACGGCUCGCUCGCCGUGCUUCACUCGACUUGCUCGCCACCUUUGUCUCUCCACUCCCCCACGAUUACUUCGCUUGCUCCGCACUCAGCGACUCCGCACUCAGCAACUCGGCACACAGCGUCGUCAGCUCUGCUAUUGCUACGCUCUCUCCACUACUGGCUAUUCUCGUGUCCAGCUCCGCUAUCGCUACGCUCUCUCUCCACUGCUAACUACUUCUCUUCUUCAGCUCCGCUAUCGUUAUGCUCCCUCCACUGCUGGCUAUUCUCUUCUAAAUAUCAAGAUCAAACAUGACAAUACUAGUGCCGUACUAGUGCCAAAUUUCAGCUAUUCUGGAACAUGAGAAUUUACAUCACUCAAUCGCGAUCAUCUGUGUGUUCAUACGCAUCUGUUUGUUCAUGUACCAUACUAUAUAUUAAUUAAAUAUAAAAGGGAAAUUUG